CCAAUUCGAAAGGCUUUAUUAAAUCACAAUAAUUUUGUAAAUUAGAAAACAAAUAUAUACUGCAUAUAUAGCUAGAGCUAUGGCUAUGAGGCCAAGAACACCAACUUUCCGUACAAACCAAUCUGUUCGUCGUAUCUAUGAGACUUUGCAGCCCAAAUCAGAAAUGAAAGAAACACCGGAAGCUUUCCUUCUCCAUGUUUAUCUUCCAGGUUAUACAAAAGAACGCAUUAAAAUUACAUUCGUGUGGUCUUCAAGAAAGGUGAAGGUUUCAGGAGAAAGACCAAUUCAAGGCAAUAAAUGGAGCAGAUUUGAGCAGACAUAUCCUGUUCCUGAGAAUUGUAACCCAGAGGCACUUGAAGCCAAGUUUGAAGUUGGCACUCUCGUUCUUACGAUGCCAAAGAACUUAUCGGUUCCACAAGAGACGCUUAACACACCACAAGGAAAAACAAGGCCCACUCCUAAUAAAGCUGAAGAUGCAAAAUUGGAAGAACCGUUAAUGGGAAACAAGAAGGCACAGAAGGGUACUGAGGAAGCCACGUCAUCAUCAUCCUCCUAUAGACCUAUUGAGAGCCCAAAGCUUGAAAAUGAGAGUCGGUUAAAAGCGUUGUUCCCUCCAUCAGAAGCCAAUAGGGUUCAAGACCAAAUUAUUAAAAGACCGCCAUUAUCAGAUGAGAAGCCUUCAAAGCGUCAAAAGGAGGACGAGGCAAAGACGACACUAACAGCGGUUGCAAGAGAUUCAUCGCCGGCCGAAAAGCGUGAAGAUGAAGCUAGGCUCAAGACAAGACUAGCAGCUGUGAGAAAGCAAUUAGAGGAAAAAGAAGAAGAUGAAAGGCUCCCAAAGAAGGAAAAAGAGGUUAAAGAAGAAUAUGGGAAGACUUCUGAGGCAAGAAAGGUAAUUUCGAAUGAUGAUGAUGUGGGAAAGGGUGUGUUAAAAGAGAAAGAAAUCAGGAUGAGAAAAGUGUCAUCAAAGUUAGGUACUGGUGAUGAAGUGUCUUCAGAUAAGAGCAAACAGGAUAUGAUUGAUACUGUUGGGAAUGGAAUCAGAGAACUUGUUGCUUCUGCUUCUCUUGUUGUCACAAGAAUCAAAGAAGGGAAAUGGAAUGACGAAGAGAAAGAUCUAGUGGUAAAUAUAGCUGCUGCUUUUGCGGUUAUUGCUGGAUUGGGAGCUUAUGUGUCUUAUAGGUUUGUCUCAUCCUAGACAACCUAAAUUUAGCUCUACAGAAAUUGUAUAUGAUGUAAUAAUAUAACUUGUGUUUAUUAUCACGGCCUAUAAAACAAAAG